AUUGGAGGAAGAUUUGGUACGUCAGGUAAACGGAAGGAAUGGAAUAUUCUGCAAGGAAAAUGUAACUGGACUGGAUGUUUGUUAUUUUCCGUUCACAUGUGAGUUUUAUGAUUGAGUGACAAUGGGUGAGAACCGAGAGGUCCAGAAGGGAGUGUGGGAGGGGCGUAUCCCUGUCGUCUUCAAUCUCUCAGAGGACGACACAGAGAGUGAGCAGCCCGAGCCUGUCUACCUGAUGGUACCUAGGAUAAGUUAUUUCCCUUUGCACACAGAGAAGAUAAACAAACAUUUCUUAAAGUUUGUCGGCGAGGAACAGGCAGAAGAAAUGUGGUUAGAGCACGACAAUCAACCGCUUAAAUGGCACUAUCCUGUAGGAUUGCUCUUUGACCUUUACGGUUCAGAGAACAGUCUCCCAUGGAGCAUUACAGUCCACUUCAAGGACUUCCCAGAAGAGGAACUUUUACACUGUACCAGUAAGGAUGCUGUAGAGUCACACUUUAUGUCCAGCAUUAAGGAGGCCGAUUCACUCAAACAUCGGGGACAGGUUAUAAAUAGCAUGCAGAAACGGGACCACAAACAGCUCUGGGCAGGGCUACUACAUGAUAAAUUUGACCAGUUUUGGUCUGUGAACAAGAAACUAAUGGAGUCAAGUGGAGAAGACACAUUUAAAUACAUUCCCUACAGACUAUAUAUGGUAGACAGACAUUAUGUCACUAGUCUAUUUCGUCCAUUUACUGAGGAGGGACACCCACAAACCCUCAAAAAUCUGCUGCUGGCAGCCGUGCCACAAUUCUUCACUGAAGAUGAAGAAUUCCAGAAACACAUCAAAAUUCAUGGUACAGAGCCAUCGCUAGAAACACCGAUCCUGUGGCUGUCUGAACAUUUCAGCUACCCGGACAAUUUUCUACACAUGUGUAUAUUAGAGAAAUGAAGCUACUGUAAUAAAAGUAUAAAGAGCCUAAACAAAUGAAAUACCGGUAUCUGGUACGAUGUAUGGAGUGGUGUUUUUAAACAAAGUCUACAUGUGAUAUGCACAAGGACAUUCAGCUGACUUUAUACAUGUAUGCAGGCACACAUUGAUGAAACAUUGAACAGGAAAUAGAAUACAGUCUCAAGAUAAUUUUAAUAGUAUGUAUGGAAAUAUGUACCUGAAGCUUGUGCAAUAAAUUUCAUCAGUGAUCUGUG